UCGCAGACUCAUUUUAACAGCGCCCCCCUCAGUAAAGUAAUUUAAUGGAUUUAACACAGCCGUCCCAGUUUCGAUGAGUAACAAUUCCAGAAUGCUCUGCGUUUGUUUCCUGGUUCUGCGUGACGGCCGUCGGGAGACACGGUUAAAGUCCACUGGAUCAGCAAGAUUCGGGAAUAAGCAUGGCUUCAAAACGGCAGGUUUGGAGUUUAACUCAGGAUCUGAUCUGUCCCAUCUGCCUGGAUUUCUUCAUCGAUCCGGUGUCACUGGAGUGUGAACAUAUCUUCUGCCGCUCCUGCGUCUCACAGUAUUGGGCCAACGCGGGGAGAAACUCCUGCCCCGAAUGUAAAGAGGUUUUGGCGGACCACACCCUCAAGGUCAACCGCGCCUUAGCAAGACUGGCCGAGAGAGCUCGAAAACUAAGUCUGAAUCCGAGAGAGAAGGAAAGUAAACUUAACUGCGAGGAACAUGAGGAAGAGCUGAAGCUGUUUUGUGAGACCGACAAGAAACUGAUCUGUGUGAUCUGUGCGGCUGCGUGGGAGCACAGGGAGCACCGCUUUCGGACGAUUAAAGAAGCUGUCGACGUCUACAAGGCUCAGAUGAAAUCUUUGAUGGCAUCGCUUACAAAAAGCAUAUCAGCGAUCCAGGAAAAGGAACAGCUUCAAAAACAGAAGAUUUCUGGACUCAAGGAACAGUCAUACCUACUGCAGUCACACUUCAGAACGGAAUUCUCCAAAAUGCACCAGAUUCUCGCUGAGAGAGAGCAGCGCUUACUCAGAGAACUCAGGGAAGAAGAGAAGAGGAUUCUAAACCGAAUGGAGGAAAAUCUUCGAGUGAUUCAAGAAGAUUUAAUUUCUGCACAGCGGAAACUCUCAAACUAUCAGAAAAAGUUGCAACAAGAAGGCGCUGUGGUGUUUCUCCAGGGGGAAGCCAUUCAGGAUGAAAGCAUCAGUAACAAAGAAUAUAAAUUGGAUGCAGAAGAUGAAGUGUUGCAGGUUGGAAGAUUCGAUCACCCCUUGUUGCUUAAAACAGCUUUGAGAGAAGUGCUUGAUGCCAUUAAUCCAGUCUCUAUCACCCUGGAUGUGGAGACGGCACAUCCGGCGCUCGAGGUGUCUGAGGAUCGGAAGAGUGUGAGAUGGACCGGGAUCCGGAGGAAUGUCCCUGACACGGCGAAGAGGUUUACAGUCUGGCCUUGUGUGCUGGGAUCGGAGGUGUUCACAUCGGGGAGACAUUACUGGGAGGUGGAGGUGGAGGGGAAUUGGGGCUGGAGCGUGGGAGUCGCCGCUGAGUUUGUGGAGAGGAAGGCAGGUGUCGGGCAGAGACCGGAGACUGGAGUUUGGGUCAUCGAGCGGUCGGGUGACGAGUUUUAUGCAAACGCCAGACAUCCAUCCCUUCUCGCUUCUGAUCCAGCCCCCGGGAGGGUGGGAGUUUAUCUUAAUUACGAUCUCGGAACCGUUUCAUUUUACAACCCGGAGACCAAGUCCCAUCUGUACACCUUCGGUGUGAAUAACUUCGGGGGGAAAUUUUAUCCUUUCAUUGGGACAUGGGAUGAAAACCAGUCGCUGAGAAUUUGCCGCAAUUCCGCUCUUGAUCUACCUAAGUGUCAGGCCCGGAAACCGGCAGCAGGAGCGGGGUCCAGACCCGGCAGUAGAGUCGUUCCUAAUCACUGGCAGAUUCAGAGACCUAAACCCCAAUGAGCCAGGAAAUAAAAACCGGUGCAAAAAUGAAGCACAACACAAUAGGUUGAGCGCAAACAACAGGAAUUCUGCAGAUGCUGGAAAUUCAAGCAACAUACAUCAAAGUUCCUGACGAAGGGUCUCGGCCUGAAACGUCGACUGCGCCUCUUCCUAUAGAUGCUGCUUGGCCUGCUGCGUUCACCAGCAACUUUGAUGUAUGUUGCUACAAUAGGUUGAGAGCUGUUGAUCCAUUAAUUUUAAUGCAUUAAUGGCAUCCGCCAUUAGAAAUCAAAAUACUUCGUGUGAAAGUAAAGAUCGAAACAAUCUACUUGUAUUUCAAAAAUAGACUCAUCAUAAAAUAAAUGUACCAUCUAUAUAAAUGACAAAAAAAACCUGCACGAUUUUCUUUACAUUGGUAGCGUCGAUCUGUGUAUGAUUUAAAUUUAAUUUUAUUUGGAGACAAAAUGCGGAACAGGCUGUCUCGGCCCAACGAGUCGCCCCGCCCAGCAACUCACCUGUUUAUCGCUAGCCUAAUCACAGGGCAAUUUACAAUGAACAAUCAACCUGCUAGCGGCACGUCUUUGGAGGAAACGGAAGCACCAGGCGGAAACCCACGCGGUCACGGGGAGGACCAUACAGACAGCGCCGGAUUUGAACUCCGAAUUCUGGAACGCCCCGAACGUAAUGGCGUCGCACUAAACCUCUGGGCUUACUCACAAUCUCAGCGGUUCUAAAGGGUGAUCAGAUUCUGUGCACAGAACAUGGUUGCCACUCAUGUGGACGUUUGGAAUGAUACAGAUGUUAAGUUCUUCUACGCUGUGUUUAUCCCUUCUAUAUAUGCUGGCAAGAAGACCUUAGACUACCGGCAUGCCCGCAAAGCCUCUACUCUGAAAAAGAAAAUAUGAUAAAAAUAUACAUACAAGAAGAAACUGGGACUUCCGCCUGCAGCUCACUGGAGUAACACACAAUUUGUGUGGCUGCGUUUAAUUCUUCCUCUCCCCCAGUUUAAGCUCUGAAUUUUUAACUUCUAUUUGUCGGAUCUUAGAGGGGAAUAGUUGUUAUUACAGCAUGUCACAAUCUUUAAGAAGUGGAAAGCAGGUUUUUGAAUCCAGCAAUGGAAAGGGAAAAAUUUCUAAAGAAAAAUCAGAAGAUAUGCCUGUCUGAGCUGAGCAUUUAGAACAUGCGUUGAUGGCUCUCGACAAGAAAAUAGAUAAAAACACUUCUGAGAUUAAGUCGUUUCGACAGAGUUUUCAUUUUGUAGAGGAAAGUAUUAUUUCCUUGAAUUCUGAACUUAAAGAGUUGAAGCGACAGAAGCGGAUAUUUCAGCCCGCUUGGAACAGUCUCAACGCAAGAUUAUCGAUCUGGACGCAAGAUCUCGUCGGAAUAACAUUCGAAUUGUUGGACUGAAGGAACGAUCUGAGAGUGGGGAUUUAUUGGACUAUUUUGCUCAUUUGUUUCAAACUCUGUUUCCGGAUAUUUUACCUCAGCCUCCCGAUAUUGAAAGAGCGCGUAGAAUUUUCACUUCGAAAUCUCAAGAUCCGAGAUCAGUUUUGGUCUGCUUACUUCGUUUCAAAGUUAAAGACCAAAUCAUAAAAUAUGCAAGGAGACACAGAGUUUUUAAUUGAAGGGUUCUGAGAUUCGUUUUUAUGACGAUUAUCCACGGGAAGUUAUGGAACAGCGGUUCAAAUUUGUUCCAGCUAUCAAGGUAGCCCACGAUAGGGGAUUAUUCCCAUCACUUCACUAUCCAGCCCAAUUAAAAUUAUUUCCUAAGGAUUCGACUCCACGUGUUUUUUCUGGAUUCCAAAGCGGCAUUGGACUAUGUUAAUUCUACUUUGGAGGUGGCCGGGGUUUGAAUGGCAUUAGGUCUGCUGAAUAAUUUUCUGAAAGAAACCAAGCUUUAAAGAUUUCUGACAUGUUGAAGAUGUCCUUUGAUCGAUGGACCAUUUAAAGAAGAUGUGAACUUCUUGAUUUGACUGAUGAAUGACUUUUCCGAAAUCUGUUUGGUAUACUGAGUGAAUUAACACAGCGGGCAGAUUGUUAACUGGUUUAUUUAUUUGUUUUUAUCUUUCCUUUUCUUCAUUAAUUAAAUGAUAGUUUUCAUAGUUUAUAAGGACUUUAUAUAUAUAGCGAGGAGUGCUUAGUAGUUAGAUAAUUAGUCUCUGUUUUUCAUCUAAAAACAGUUUUUUUAAUUCGGCAGUAAGUCAAAGGGAUAAUGGCGCCAAUUUUUCUUCGUUAGAGAUUACAUAGACAUUUUUCUGUUUGUUUGAUUUUAUUGUUUUGAUGUCUUUGGAGAUUGUUUUUGCAUUCCUCAGUUUAUUUUUAAUGAAUAAGCAUAAACAUUUUUUUUCCUCUGCAGGGCUUUCUUAUUUUAGGGCCGUUUUUUUUUUGGGUUUUUUUUUGUAAGUGGUGGGGGGAGUUAAGGAAUACUUUUAUAAUCACUGUUAUAAAUUGGGAAGCUCGCGGAGUUCUGUUUCUUUUUUAUUUUUCUAUGGGGCCGCACUCUAGCUCAUUCUUUCUCUUUGCCAGAUUACUGGCUUUUGGAAUGGUGGGAGGAUUGGGGUUAGUUUCGAACUAUAAGUUUCAUUGUAGGAUUAAUUUCAGUUUUUUUUAUUGUAUUUUUUCCAUAACGGAGUUGCGGAGCAUGCGUGUUUUCCAUAUGGUUAUACUUAUCACCACUAUUUUUGAUUAUCCCGCGUUGGUAUGCGUGUAUUUAUGCGUUAAAAUAUUUUAUAGUAGUUAAACAGAUAAACGUUAUUAGUUGGAACGUACGUGGCUAGAAUCAUCUUAUUAAGCGAAAGAAGACUUCUAAAAUUAUUAAUCGAUUCCAGCCCGAUAUAAUUUUCGCUCAAGAAACGCAUAUCAGAACGGGUGAUCAAGAUAGAUCUUUUUAAAAUGUGGAAGGGCCUUCAAUAUCAUGCUACUUGUCAAAAUAAAACAAAGGGGUAUCUAUUUUUAUUAAAUCUAAUAUUUUAUUUAUCCAAGAAGACAUUGUGUCAGAUACUAAUGGUAGAUUUUUAAUUGCCAAAGGAACAAUUUGCAAUAGAAAAAAUUGUCCUGAUUAAUCUAUAUGGACUUAAUGUAGAUGAUCCUUCUUUUUUAAAAAACGUACUUGGUUUAUUGCCAAAUUUAAAUGAAUAUAUGUUGUUAAUGGGUGGUAAUUUUAAAUGUUGUUUAAAUCCUUUGAUUGACAAGAGUUCAAACAAUCAGCGGCUUCCGAGCUGUUCCGCAUCACUUAUUAACUCCUUUUUAAUCGAUUAUGGUUUGUUCGAAAUCUGGAGGCAUCUACAUCCUAAUGACAGAGAUUAAUCCUUCUAGUCACAUGCUCACAAAAAUAUUCGAGAAUCGAUUAUUUUAUAGCUGAUUUCCGAAUUUUGUCCAAAGUCCAGAAAUGUGAAUAUGACGCUAUCGCUGUCUCGGAUCAUGCGCCUUUCAGCUGAACUUUUGUAUUGAAUGAUGUCGAUAUUGCAAACUUGUCUUGGCGUUUUCCAGAAGAUUGAUUACAAAGUUCGGACUUUGUCAAAUUUAUUGAGACUCAGAUAAAAGAUUUUUUUUUCUUUUUAACAAUACAGGAGAUUUGUCGAAAUUGAUUAUAUGGGGUACAUUUAAAGCAUAUUUGCGAGGUCAGAUAAUCUCCUGUUUAGCUAAGCUUAAGAAACAGACAAAAAUAGAGUUAGAUAAGAUUUCAAAAUAAAUUAAAGACUUGGAUAAUAUUUAUGCAAUCUCUCUUAACAUUGAUGUAUUUAACCAAAGGGUUGAACUUCAAUCACAAUAUAACUUACUAUUAACUUAUCCUAUUGAAAGAAAUGUGCUUAAAUUGAAAACUCAAUUUUAUGUGUUUGGAGAUAAAAAUAAUAAGCUAUUAGCAUCUCAAUUAAAAGCAGCUAGAGCUAAUAGACAAAUUUUAAAAAUUCGAAAGAGAGCUUGUAAUUAUGAAGACAUUAAUAAAAAUUUUCAAGACUUUUACAUUGAACUUUAUAAAUAUCAGUUUCCAGCUGAUCUUUCUAAAAUGAAUGCCUUUUUACAAAAGAUUGAUUUUCCUAGGAUUUCUGUUGAAGAUCAACAAACUCUUGAUGCUCCUAUUACCGAAAAAGAAAUUCGGAAAGCUAUUCUUUCAAUGCAAUCUGGUAAAGCUCCUGGAUUGGAUGGUUAUUCUGUGGGAUUUUAUAAAAAAUUUGAAAAAUUGCUUUCUCCAUAUAUGUUGGAGACGCUCAAAGAUUCUUUUUUUUUGAUAGGAGAGUUACCUCCCACAUUUUAUGAAGCUUCUAUUUCUUUAAUUCUUAUGAAAGAUAAAGACUCCACUGACUGUGCUUCAUAUAGAUCUAUUUCAUUAUGAAAUCCGGAUGCUAAAAUUCUUUCAAACAUAAUGGCUAAUCGACUGGAGAAUAUUCUAGCUAAAAUUAUCUCUCAGGACCAAACAGGUUUAGUAAAGGGGCAUUAUUCCUUCUCUAAUACUCGGAGACUGUUAAAUGUUAUAUACUCAUCCUUUUCUAAGACUCCCCAAUGUGUUGUUUCUCUUGAUGCUGAAAAUGCAUUUGAUAGAGUUGAAUGGAAAUACUUAUUUAACAUUUUAGCGAAAUUCAACUUUGGUACUAAUCUUAAUAAGUGGAUUAGAAUGAUAUAUAAAAGCCCUAUUGCUACUGUUAUUACUAAUAAUUGCAGAUCUCCUUUUUUCAACUCUCGCGGGGUAUGAGACAAAGAUGUCAGUUAAGCCCCCUAUUAUUUAAUUUGGUGUUGGAACCCUUGGCCAUUGCAUUUUGUGAGGCAUGGAAUUUCCAUAAAUGGGACUAUUCAUAAGAUCUCCCUUUAUGCUGGUGAUCUCUUAGUUUAUGUUUCAAAUCCUGAAGAAUCCAUUCGUAGUUUAUUGAAAUUGUUAAAUGAAUUGGGAGAGUUUUCGGGAUAUAAAUUAAACCUUCAUAAGAGUGAAUUAUUUCUUCUAAAUGAUUCUGCUUUUAUAUAUGAUGGCAUUCCUUUUAAAGUUACGGACUCUUUUAAAUAUUUAGGUAUUAUUAUCACUAAAACUCACAGAGAUCUUUACAGAGCUAAUUUGGUUCCUUUCGUGGAUUUCAUGAAGCAAUUAUUUUGUAGAUGGAAUCCAUUUACAAUUUCGUUAGCUGGCCGAAUUCAUGCAGUUAAAAUGAUGAUUUUACCAAAGUUUUUAUAUGUAUUUCAAAAUAUUCCUAUUUUUUAAACUAAUAAGUUUUUUUGAUCAGAUUGAUUCAUCUUUUCAUCUUUUGUUUGAAAUAAUAGAAGACCAAGAAUUGGAAAAUAUCAUUUACAAAUAUUAAAAAAAGGAUGGAGGUCUUGCUCUGCCUAAUUUAAAAAUGUACUAUUGGGCUGUUAAUAUACGUUUUAUGUGUUCCUGGUUAUAUUGGGUUGAUAAAAAUGAACGCCCACCUUGAGCUGAUUUGGAAUUGAAAGCUGUGAAACAGUUUUACUUAUCCUCGUUAUUAGGAGCUUCUUUACCUGUACAACUGGCCAACAUUUCUAAUCUAAAUUUAUAUCCUGUGAUUAAGCAUUCGUUAUGAAUUUGGUACCUGUUUCGUAAUUUUUUUAAUCUCAAAAAAUUUAACCUUCUUAGUUUAAUUUAUCAAAAUUAUUUAUUUAAACUUUCAUUAAGUGAUUCUACCUUUUUUCUUUGGAGGAAUAAAGGAGUCUAUUCCUUCAUGGAUCUGUUCCAAAAAGGCCGAUUGAUUCCUUUCGAGAAAUUAGUAACUAAAUACUCUCUCUCGUACUCACAUUCCUGAAAUAUCUUCAGGUCAGGCAUUUCUUACAAGAAUAUUUAAGUAAUUUUCCAUAUAUACAGGAUUCUGACUUGUUAGACAUUAUUUUAAAAAUGAAUCAUUUAGUGAAAAGUUUUAUUGGGAAAUUUUAUAAUUUACUGUUACAACAGUACAAUUACCCUUCACUCAAGAUUAAGUAAGGUUGGGAAAGAGAGCUUAACAUGACUUUGAUAACAGAGGAUUGGUUGCGAAUUUUGAAGAUGGUUAAUUCUUCUUCGAUUUGUGCCAGUCACUCUUUAAUUCAAUUUAAAAUUGCAAAUCGUUACUAUUUGACAAAGGAGAGACUAUCUAAAAUGUUUCCUAAUGUUGGUAGUCAGUGUGAUAGAUGUAAAACCGAAACAACUACAUUGACACAUAUGUUUUGGUCAUGUUCUGUAUUGAAACAGUUUUGGAAAUCUAUUUUCUCUACAAUUUUUAAAGCUUUAAAAAUUAAUUUACAACCUAAUAAAUUUACAGUCUUGUUCGGUAUAAUCCCUCAAUAUAUUCAUGGUAUUUCUAUACCAGACCAAGAAGUAAUUGCAUUUGUUACGUUAUUGGCCAGAAGGGCUAUUUUAUUGAAAUGGAAAGAUGUCUCUGCUCCCACCUUGAUACAGUGGUUCUCUCAGGUGAUGCCAUGUCUUUGUUUGGAGAAAAUCAGAAGUCUAACUUUUGAUCCUCAAUUUGACUGAGAAAAGGUGGGGUUCUUUGCCCGCUACUAUAAUCUGAUUUGAGUUAAUUAAGAUAGUUUCCUUCUGAUUCUUGUUUAAAUGGAUCUGAGCUGGCGUAUUGAUGUUUUUCUUUUAUGGAAGCUUGUAUGACGCAUAUUUCCAGGGUUGUGCUCCCAAUGGUUUUUUUUUCUCUUUUCCUGUUUUUUUUGUUAGCAGGGUUUUUUUUUGUUUUAGUUAGUAGAGGUACUUGUUUUCCUUCUUUCUUUUUUCCAAAAAAAAUCAACACUUUAUUUUUUCUUCUUAUUAUUGAUAUGUUGUUUAGCUUUGUUAAUCAGUUAUUUGGUAAUUUAAUUCCUCAUUGUAUAUUGACAUGUUGACUUGAUUACUUUAAUGUAUUUUUUGUUGAUCUCAAUAAUAAUCAAUAAAAAAGAUUUUAAAAUGAAAAUGAAAGAAGAAACUGCAUUUCUAAAAUUCAUAGAAUCUAGAACAGCAUAGCAUAGUACAAGCCCUUCGGCCCAGGACAUUGUGCUGACCUUUUAACAUAAUCUCAGAUCAAUUUAACCCUUCUCUCCCACGUCUUCUUCUUCUACUUAAGCACCAUCACCCCUGCUGGGACAGAGGCCGCCAGCAAUAGCUGUCCAGAGUCCAUAAGACCCUAAGACCAUAAGGCACAGGAACAGCAUUAGGCCAUUCAGCCCAUCGAGUCUGUUCUGCUAUUCCACCAUGGCUGAUCCCCGAUCCCACUCAACCCCAUACACCACUUCCUUUGAUGCCCUGACCAAUUAGGAAACGAUCAACUUCCACCUCAAAUGUACACACAGACGGCCUUCACCACCGUCUGUGGCAGAGCAUUCCACAGAUUUACAAUUCUCUAGAUAAAAAAGUUCCCACUUAUCUCUGUCGCCUGUCAAUUUUGAGGCUGUACCUUCUAGUUCUGGAUGACCCCACCAUAGCAAACAUCUCCAAAUCUACCUUUUCUAGUCCUUUCAACAUUUGGUAGGUUUCAAUGAGACCCCCCCACCCCCCCGCUUUCUUUUAAGUUACAGUGACUACAGUCCCAAAGCUGCUAAAUCCUCUUCAUAUGUUAACCCCUUCAUUCCCGGAGUCAUCAUCGUGAACCUCUUCCGGACUGUCUCCAAAGUCUCAGUGCCUCAGCGAUAGAAGCAGGGGUCUAUAACACCAGACAAGUACCAAGAUGCAGACUGUGCAAGGAAUCCACUGAAACCAUCCAGCACAUAGUAGCAGCGUGCAAGAUGCAGGCAGGGAUAUAUAUAUAUAUAUAUAUAUAUGUUCCUUUCAACAGUACUGUAGUAAUUCUAUGCGUUCCACUGUACUGCUGCGGAAAACAAAACACAUUUCAUGACAUAUGUGAGUAAUGGUACACCCGAUUCCGAUAUGGGUCUCUAUUGUGGAUUUAGAGUGGGAAGCAGGGGCGGGAGAGGGAAUACCCGGACCAACAUUCCCUAAUGAUCAAUAAACCAAUUUUUGGUGUAAAAUGACCUUGCCAGUGUCUCAGGGUGAGCGUGUCUCACCCGCUCCACCCCAGCACACCAUCUCUGCCAUCUGUCCAACACACCUGCCACGGCACUCCAACGAGAUCUUAUCAAAUGUCCCACUGAGGUACACGUAAACAAGACUUGCUGUGGUAUGUUGGUGUCACAUGCAAUAAAAGCAACAGCCAACCUAAAGUACGAAUAUGGAAUAAAAUAUGUACAAAUGCAUAAAUAACUGUCAUGGUCCAGUCUGUGAAGUCCACAUUCCGGUUCACGGUCCAGUCCAUCGAUUCUUAUUCCAGGUUUUCCAGUUUUCCCUUGUCCUGUUGUGCGUCUUAAUUGUGGCACACGAUUCUCAUUUUGGGCUGUCUACAUAAACAGCUCCUGGGUUCAGCUUCAGUUGCUGGACUGUUCCCUUCCCUUCUCCUUCCUUCUGUAGCCCUCACCUGCAACCUUUGCCUGAAGCCUCGCCUGAAGCCUUGCCUGAAACCUUUGCCUGAAGUCUAGCCUGCAACCUCGCUUGUGUCCACGCCUCCGCUAGGUAGGUCUAGCCAUUUGCUGCUACCUUGUGUUGGGAACCGUCUCUGUGUCCACACCUCUACUAGGUAGUUCUGGCCGUUUGCCACUACCUUGUGUUGGGAACCAUCCCGUCAUGUUCAGCAUUCUGAGUAUGAGUCCUGGCCCUACGUACUGUUCCCAAGGAGGAGUCCCGGCUCUGUGUUCUGCAUUCAUGUCUCCCAAGACCAAGUCUCUGUGUUCUGCAUUCCUGUUCUCCCUCGAACAAGGCUCUGCAUUCCUGUUCUCCCUCAAGACCAAGGCUCUGCAUUCCUGUUCUCCCUCAAGACCAAGGCUCUGCGUUCCUGUUCCUGUUCUCCCUCAUCCAAGUCAAGGCUUCGUGUUCUCCAACUGUCCAUGUACCUCACCCAUCCCAUUGCUGGGGUUCCCUCGUCCUGUCCAGGAGUCUCACGUCCAGUCCUAGUUGCCACUCCUCAUCCUGUAGCCACGUCUUGUCCUUGCCUAGAUCUGGGGUCCAAGCCCGAGUCAAGACCCAGGUUCUGGGUCCCUGUCCAGUCUCUGGCUCGGAGUCCUUGUCCAGGUUCCUAGUUCUUCUUCCUUGUCCAGGUCCAGCUUUCCUAGUCUAGUCCUAGCCCGGGCCCUGUAUCCUAGCCUCGUCCAGGGCUUGUGUCUUGUCCAGCGCCAUUUCUUCCCCACUUUCCUUGCUUGCUUGACACACCUACUCCUGUUCCUAGUACUUCAGUGUCUGUCUUUCAUUUGGGUCCGCCACCAGCGCCCCCUUAUGACAAUAACACCAUCGCUUAAAGUAUGAAUGUGGAAUAAAAUAUAUACAAAUGCAUAAAUAACACCAUAUAAACAGCAUUAUAAAAAGUGAGU